AUGUCACCAAAUGCCGAAGAAGAUAUGUUAACAGUUGAACCUUGGAGUUUAUUGAAAGAAAAGGACCGUUUACGUCCACCGACAUAUAAUGCUGAAGACUAUGCUAUAGCAUUAAGAAGAUGGGGCAGACGUCCCAAUUCUAAUGAUAAUGAUUCUCAAGGGACAUUACCCUCUACAACAAGCUCAAGUUCCGGUUAUAUAUCAGCAAGUGGUGAAAUGACGUUAAGACAAUUUACAUCUGUUAGCGAAUUGGUUAAUAAAUUACGUGCUGAUCUACGGCUUGCAUUUCCUAGCUUUGUGCAAGAAUUUUCAAGCUCACCAGCUGACGGAAUAACUUUAUUAUUGGAGACACUGAGGGGGGUCCAAUUAAUACAAAAUACACCUCCAUCAGCUGGACAAAGUGGACAGCGUAUUAGUACACGUAGAGCAGCACUUGAUGAACUCGGUUGUGUUGAAUGUUUAGCAGCAUGCGUUGAGAGAUGUGCUGAUGCUCCGAGACUUUUGUCACAAGCACAACCGGGACUUGUUGCACUUGCAGUCUGUCUUACAAGUAGCUUAAACCGGUCUCGGGUUCUGGCUCUUCAGCUAUUGACGAAGGUAUGUCAGAUACCCGGUGGGUACACUGCAGUUUCAGAGGCUGUUUCAACAUUACGAUUACGUUAUGGGGAAGGAGGACGAUUUAGAUUUCUUGCUGGUGCAUUAUUAGCACCACGAGCAGCGAUAGCUUUAAGAGUUGCCGGAAUUUCAUUUCUUAAUGCAUUUAUUAAGUCUGCUCCUAAAACACAAACAAAGCUUUAUAUCCAGGCAGAAGCAUGUGAAGCUGGUCUUGAGCCUCGUGCGCUUCAAGAAUGGUUAUCAGAAGAUGAAAUCAUUAACAAUGAUAAAUCAUUGAUUGAUUUAUUAAAAAAACAAGUUUACAAAUGGUCACAAAAUUGUAUUGAUGUUGAUAGUCUUCAAAAACGGUUAGCUAGAGCUGAAGAAACUUGUGCGAUACUUAAUAAUAAAAUAAUAAUAUUACAAAAUCAACUUAAAAAAUUACAAAUUGAUGAAAAAAUAAUAACAAAUAAUAAUUAUAACAGUAUAAUCAAUGGAAUUGAUCAUCAUGAAACGAAUUAUAAUUUAAAUCCAUCAGAUAUUAAAGGACUACAGAGAUUAUCUUUGAAUGGUGAAGAUGAAGGUAUAAGUUCUUCUGAGUGUUCGAGGAGUUCAAGUAGUCCAGAAGAUAUACAUCUAUAUAAUAAUAAUAAUCAUCAUCAUUAUCAUAAACAGCAGCAACACAAAUCAAUAAUUGAAAAAAUAAAUAUUGACAAUGAUCAAGAGACAACUAUCGAUGAUGUAAUUGAAGAAUUACGUACAAUUGUUAAAGAUGCUGAAGAAGAACAAGAACAAGAACAAAAACAAAAACAAAAACAAAAACAAAAACAAAUACAAGUACGGAUAGGUAAAGAAAAAAAAUUAUCUCUAUCUAAAGCUAGUUACGAAAAUGAAUCGAUGAUUAAAUUAUUAUCUACUAAUAAUGAUAUACAUUUAAUAAAAUCUAAUUUAUUUAAUUCAAUAGAUUCAAUAGAUUUAAACGAUACUGAAGUUAAUUAUUGUAAUAAAACCAAUGAUACAACUAAAUUAUCAAGACAAACAAUAAAAACAAAUGAUGUUACAAGUUUAAAAAUAAUUGUACAAGGGCCCGAAGUCGAAGAAGCUAUUGUACCAGCUAUUUUGUAUCCACAACCUCCGAGAAAAAUUCCACCAUGUUUAUCAGCCAUUAUUACUGGAAAUAAUCAAAAUAGAAUUGAUGAGGGCUUAAACUCAUUAGUCGACAUUGUUAUUGGAGGUACUUCUAAAAAUAAUAAAUCUCCAACAGUUUAUCAGAAUACACAAAGAAAUUUCAACAAUAAUAACAAUAAAAUUAAGAAUCAAGAAAGUUUAAAAAAUUCGCAAAAUAAACAAAUGAUAUUAAAAAAUAAUAACAACAGAUUUUUAUCAUUAUCAUCAUCAUCAUCAUCAUCCUCAUCAUCUUCAUCUUCAACAUCAUCAUCAAUAUUAAAAAAUGAUAAGUUAUAUGGACGAAAAAUAAAUAAAUCAAUAUAUCUAGGAAAUGAAUUUAAUUUAAAUAAUAAUAAUAAUAUUGGUAGAUCAUCAAAUUUAAAUAAUGAUGGUCACAUAAAUGAUUUGUCAAUUAUUAGAUCGUAUUCAUAUAAAAAACCCUCUGAUAAAUUAUUUAUAAAUGAUUCACGAAUUUUCUCAACGGCCAGCAAUAAAUCACAUGGUGGUGCAUUUGGAUUAAAUCAAAAUCGAUUCAAUGCAGGAAAAUAUUCUGGAAAUCCUAAUAUUAAAGGAGAUAAAAUAGAAUCAAAAAUAAAAACUGUUUCAUCAAAUCAUAUUAUAAAUCGGUGUAAAGUAACAGACAUUAUUUCAGGGUUACUGAAAAAUUAUAAAUAA